AUGGUCCGCCUCGCGACUUCCCUGGUCCUAGCGGCCUCCCUGUCCGCCUCGGUCCUCGCCGCCGACUCCAUCACCUGCUCCGCCAGCAGCCAGUGCCCAGAGGACAAGCCGUGCUGCUCUCAAUAUGGUGAGUGCGGUACUGGCGCCUACUGCCUCGGUGGCUGCGACGUUCGUUACUCCUUCGCGCUCGACUCGUGCGCCCCGAUGCCUAUCUGCGAGUCCAAGUCCUACACCUGGGACAGCAUGGACAACAUGGCCCUCAACACCAAGUACCUCGGUGAUGCCUCCAAAGCCGACUGGGUCUACUCCGGCUUCCCCAAGAUCCAGGAUGGCUCCAUGCUCAUGACCAUGCCCAAGAACACUGUCGGCACGCUGAUUGCCAGCUCCCACUACAUCUUUUACGGCAAGGUCUCGGGCAAGUUCAAGAGCUCGCGUGGUGACGGUGUGGUUUCCUCUUUCAUCCUGAUGUCUGACGUCCAGGACGAGAUUGAUCUGGAGUGGGUUGGCGCCGACUUGACCAACGUGCAGAGCAACUACUACUGGCAGGGUGUUCUGAACUGGCACCACAGCCAGAACCUGACCAUCCCCGGCGGCGACUCCUUCGACGACUGGCACACCUACGAGCUCGACUGGAGCCCUGACCAGCUGACCUGGAGCGUCGACGGCAACGUGCAGCGCACAUUGACCAAGGCUUCCACCUACGACUCGAGUACCAACCAGUACAAGUACCCUCAGACCCCCGCGCGCCUUCAGUUUUCCAUCUGGCCCGCUGGUGCGUCUAGCAGCGCCCCCGGCACCAUCGCUUGGGCCGGUGGUGCCAUCGACUGGAACAGCCCGGAUAUCCAGCAAUACGGUUAUGACUUUGCGACCAUUGGCGAUGUCAACGUCGAGUGCUACAGCGUCCCCUCCGGCACGGAGCAGUCCGGCGACAACGCCUACAUCUACACCAGCACUGAUUCCAUGCAGAGCGAUGUCGCCAUCGUCAACAACUCGACUAUCCUGAGCUCCAUGGGCGCUACUGGCUCUGACCCUUCUCUGGGUGCUAGCGCCAGCGGUUCUUCUGCUUCUGCUUCUGCUUCCGCUUCUGACAGCGUUCCCUCCUCUUCGAGCGGCGGUGCUGGCGAGCACUCUGGCAGCGGUGGCUCGAGCUCGUCUUCGGGCUCUUCUACCAGCGGCAGCGGCAGCGGCAGCGGUAGCGGUACAUUCAGCCAGAACGGCAACAGCGGCUCUGGCUCUGGCUCUGGCUCCGGCUCUGGCCAAGGCAACGCUGCUCCCAGCCAGAACGAGCGCGUCCUGCGGGGCUCGCUCUUCGCUGUCCUGGUUGCUGUCGUGGUCCUGGUGACGCUGUAA